GACCAAUAUAUAAAGAACAAGAGAACUGAAUCGAUUUUUUUACAACCAACAUAACAUUCAGCGAAAAAAAAACUGAAAAAGUGUAGUUCAACUGCAAGAGAAUACUGCGAAAUUAAGUUAAAUUAAGUGUUCGUAAACGGAUAAUUACAAGUUACCAUAAUGUUUAGCAAAAAAGCCCAUCCACAAUUGCGUAUGCCACAGCAGGAUCUUAAAUGCCGAAAGGGCUGUGGAUAUUAUGGCAAUUAUCAAUUUGAAGGCUUGUGUUCCAAAUGUUUUCGUGAACGUAACGAGCAGCGCAAGAAAUUGGCCACACCCUCGUCUCAAGCCGUGUCUCAACAAAAUCAGCAACAUCUGGAAAAUGCUACAGUGUCACCCAAACAUCAACAACACAAAACUGCUCACAGCAAAAAGCCAGAAACACCAACGACCGAUAAUAGGAGCAGCAGUGCAGCAAGCAGCAACACAUUGACCAAAAAGAAAUCAUUGAUGCCAUCAGUUAUCCAGAUGACUAUGCCAAGUCAAAAAAAACAUUCACGUCAACAACAGCAACGAAGUCAUCACAAAGACUAUGUGCCUGAUCCCACAGAAGCUCAAUUCUUGAUUAAAUUGCGUCAGCUGCGCAUACCAGACGAUGGACGGACUAAAUUGAAAAAUGAAAUUAAACACUUAGACUUCGACAUACGUUCCUACUUGCAGGCGAACAAUACAAAAAAUAUUGAUGAACUCUCCGAAUUGGUGCAAAAUGCCUACACAAAAUUUGCCGAUAUUGUGCACAACGAUACAAGUUUUCAAAUUGCCACAAAUGAGGAUCGUGAAGUUACGAUUGAUUUCUUUGAAAAAGUAGUGAUGACAAAAAAUCAUAAAUUCCUGUUUAGUCCCUAUUUCACCUCAGAUGAGGAAAAUGAUGUUAAAAUACAAAAACGCAUUAGGCAACUUAGUUGGAUUACAGCCAAACAUUUGGCCUGUUGCAUUGAUGAGGUCAAUGCUGAAUCCAGAGAACUGGUAUACAAUGCCAUAACAGAACUGGUUGGCAUAGAUUCCUUUUAUUCCCCACAAGAAAAACUGGAAUGUACGGUACGCUGCUGUCGUCACAUUUUCGAAUUGCUCAAACAUUCUGUGGGAGGUCCAGCAAGUGCCGAUGAAUUUCUACCCGCUUUAAUUUUUGUUGUUCUUAAAGCCAACCCUGUGCGUUUGCAUAGCAACAUCAAUUUUGUUACACGUUUCACCAAUGCCUCACGUCUUAUGAGUGGAGAGGGUGGUUAUUAUUUCACUAAUUUGUGUUGUGCCAUUUCAUUUAUUGAAAAUUUAACAGCCCAAAGCUUGAACAUGGAUGAGGAGGAAUUCGAUAUGUUAAUGUCCGGCUCGAAACCUUUUAGCAGUGCCUGGGAGAGUGCCUUGAUGGCAUGUGAAAGUUUACAUUUGAUUUCGGAAAAUAUGAAACGCAUGGAAAUGUUGAAUACCCGCAAUGAAAAUAUCACCAAGGGUAUAGCUCAAUUUGAAAUGGACUUGAAAGACUUUCAGCUCGAAAUAACCGCCAAAGUUGAUGCUGUCAUAGCCAAAGCGCCUCUCACCAUCAUGGACAUUAAGACACCGGAAUUUCUCAUACCCAAGGCAAGAGCCCAUUUGGAAAAGGAGUUGGCAGCCGAUCAGGAACAAUUGCAACAAAUUGCCAAAGUUCUGGGUGGACACUAUCAGCAUAAUUUGAUUACAGCCAUGGAUGCAAAUACUUUGCAAACAGCAGCUUCACCAGCAAAACAAAUAAAUCCAAAGGUUUUGCCCUUGCCCUUGACACCCCAAAGAGUUGAUAGUUCCCCUCAGAAAGUUCAAUCGGCUGAUGAUAGUCUACUGCAAACAUCUACCCAAAGUGCAUAUUUAACAGCCUCUGAAAUGGGUAGCACCGCAAAAAUGGUGGGGCGUUUGUCACCAUUACCUACAGUUGGCAGUGGACAGGAAAAUACAGAUUUACUGUUUACCUCACCCAUAUUCAAUUAUAGGCCAUUUGAUGAACACAAUGCCACACUACUCGAUGAGACUCAUGACUCCAGCGAUGAUUUGCUACUCACAGCCGAAUUUCGCGGAGGCCUUACCAAUAUUAAUUAUGAUUUUGAUUUGUCGGAUCACAGCAAUGAUACCAGUGUAGCUGAAGAUCUUAAACUCAAUUUGUCAGAAUUUGAUCCUUUGGCACAAGCCAAAGCGGCAACGCCUGAAAGACCAGCGAUUUUAAGUUCAACACCUAAUUUCGCAGGCAUGUUUCCAGCAAUGGAUCACAGGGAGCAUCAACAGCAUCAUACGAAACAUGAAAUUUCCAUUAACUUGGCUGAUCCGCCCAGCCUGUUGGAUGAUUCCCCAGCAAAUGAAUCCCGCCUACCAUCUCCUCUAAAGCCUAUGGUCACAGAUUAUCGUGGUUUUUCCUCAUUCGAAAUACCCUCAAUUUCAUGUAAUACAGGCGAUUUUUGUUCACUCAAUCAUCAUAGUGUUAACGACACUGCGGCUACUUCUUCUAAUGCUAACAAUCACACUACUGAUUCCAGAAAAUAGUUUCAAAUUGAAAGUACAUUGCUUUAAAUCAUCCUGUACAUGUUGUCCCUUAGAGAUUAUUACACUUUUGGCAAUGUUGUUUUAAUAUAUGGGUCCUUAUAUUUUGUUUCUCCUGUUUUGUGUAAUUCUUUUUUUAUACGAAUGUACAUUUGUUUGCUUAGACUUAGA